AAAACGGUACUUUUCAAAACUUGUUAUUAAGAAACAGAAGAGCUUGUUUUCUCGUGAGCGGGGGUUGGUGGUUUGUUCAAGGUCAAAUGAGUGGGGAUGCAAACAUGGCAUCAGAUAGAUGGUAGGGAGUGGGUGAGUGAUUUUUUUUUCCCUUUCUUUGUUCUGGGGUUUACUACUAAUUUGGCCAUUCUCAUAAGUCAUAAGUCUUUCAUUUCCGGAGAACACUAGGAUCGAAUCGUAUCACAGAAAGACUACUUUCUUUCAUCGUCUCCAAGUCUACCCCUCCGUUAGCUCUGUUACCACUUGUGCUCUCUUCCCUAGUUCCCUUACAGUCCAACAACCGACGGCGAACAUUGUAGGGUUGAAAAUGAUCAUCAACGUUAAGGAGUCGAACAUGGUGCGUCCGGCGGAGAAGACGCCGCAGAAGGGGCUGUGGAACGCCAACGUGGACCUGGUGGUGCCCAGAUUCCACACCCCGAGUGUCUAUUUUUACAGACCGACCGGAGCCUCCAACUUCUUCGAUCCUCGAGUGCUCAAGGAGGCCCUGAGCAAGGCCCUGGUGCCGUUCUAUCCAAUGGCAGGGCGGCUUAGGCGCGAUGAGGAUGGUCGUAUUGAGAUCAAUUGCAAUGCUGAAGGCGUCCAAUUGGAUGUGGCUGAGACCAACUCUGUCAUUGAUGAUUUUGGUGAUUUUGCGCCCACCAUGGAGCUCAAGCAGCUCAUUCCACCUGUUGAUUAUUCUGGCGAUAUAAGUUCUUUUCCUCUCUUGGUGUUGCAGAUCACAUACUUCAAGUGUGGGGGAGUCUCCCUUGGUGUUGGCAUGCAACAUCAUGUGGCAGAUGGAUUUUCUGGUCUUCACUUUGUGAACACAUGGUCAGAUAUGUCUCGUGGUCUGGAGCUCACAAUUCCACCAUUCAUCGACCGUACCAUAGUCCGAGCACGGGACCCACCUCAGCCACAAUUCCCUCAUAUUGAGUACCAACCGCCUCCAUCCUUGAAAGCUCCUCUUGAAGCAACAAAACCCCAUUCUGGUCCUGAAAGCACAGCUGUGGGCAUUUUCAAGUUGACUCGUGACCAGCUUAUGACCCUCAAAGGCAAAAGCAAGGAAAAUGGUAAUACAGUCAACUACAGCUCAUAUGAGAUGUUGGCCGGUCAUCUAUGGAGGUCUGCAUGCAGGGCACGUGGUCUAGCUGACAAUCAGGAGACUAAAUUGUACAUUGCAACAGAUGGGCGGUCAAGAUUGCAACCUCCUCUGCCUCUCGGCUACUUUGGCAAUGUAAUCUUUACUACCACACCAAUUGCUGUAGCAGGGGAUCUCCAAUCAAAACCAGCAUGGUACUCGGCAAGCCAGAUUCAUGACGCGUUGGCCAGGAUGGAUAACGAUUACUUAAGGUCAGCCCUUGAUUACCUAGAGCUGCAACCCGACUUAUCAAAGCUUGUACGUGGGGCUCAUACUUUUAGGUGUCCGAAUCUUGGUAUAACUAGCUGGAUAAGGCUGCCGAUUCAUGAUGCAGAUUUUGGUUGGGGUAGGCCGAUUUUUAUGGGGCCUGGUGGGAUUGCAUACGAGGGGUUGUCAUUUAUCUUACCAAGUCCGACCAAUGAUGGGAGCUUAUCCGUGGCCAUCUCUUUGCAAUCUGAACACAUGAAACUGUUUGAGAAGUUCAUAUAUGACAUUUAAGAAGAUGAGUUUUUUGGAGAGCUCAUCAAUCCGCAGAGCGAAGCAGCAGCUGGCCAGAUGGAGAAAAUCAGAAUUUCUCUCUCUCUCUCUCUAUUCUACUUCUCUCUAAUCUCUAUACAUUGUUGAUGUCUACUCAUAAGUCAUACCAUCUGAAGUCGCACGCUCUUUGCGUUCGUACACAAAUGUGAACCUCAGGAAAGUAAGUGUAUCACUAAUUCGAUACCUCAAAGUUUAUUUUAUUUUGUCUCAAUUUUUACUUGUUGAUUUAAACUUUCAGAACAGUUACCUUCUUUUUCCUUGGAUGCUUUGUUUUGUGGUCUAAGAUGCCUCUUUAACCAUUGUCAUAAUAAUGAGGUUGAGAACAUUAAUUGUUCUAUACGAACCAUUUGAUUUGCUGUUGAAGAUUAGGUUUUUUCUUGCA